AUGCCAUACUGUGAGGAUAAGAUCAAGAAAAUGCUCCCGAAGACAUAUCUUCGCAAACAUGCGGCCCAUGAAAUAUGUGUUGCAUUGACUUACUUCAAAAACCUCGUGCCUGUGAUGGAUAAAUAUGUUUACAACGAUGGAACCACAAAAGACUUGAUGAGUCUAACCGGAACCAUUCCUGUCAUGUAUGAAGACAGGACCUAUAACAUCCCAGUAUGCUUGUGGAUUGAGGAAAUACCCCCAAACUGCUCCCAUCUGCUAUGUCAGACCCACACGUGA